UUUCUUUUGUGCAGCUAUCUUCGACGGUGCCCUGGCAUAAGUAUGGAAUUCCAUAUCUGCCGUCGUCCGUCGCAUUGCCCUGGCAUAGGUAUGGAAUUCCAUAUCUGCCGUCGUCCAUCGCAUUUUGCUUUUUGUUGUGUCCCAAUUCUGCCAUUUACCAGUUCCAAACCUGCCAUUUUGAUCCCGAAAUGCAUACUGCCCUCAUGCGGCAUGAUGCUCGUCUUUGUUCGGAUCCUUUGACGUAGAGGCGAUCGACCUGUGGCGCAUGAGAAGUAACAAUAACAUCAAUUUUCUACAUCACACAUGUCAUGCAAUUGGGCCUACGCAGAAAUCAAAACCAAGGGCAGAUUCCUAGUAAAUGAAUCAUGCAGGUCUGAUGUUUGGAUGGUCCCAACAACAGUACUACCAUUGGGAAGCUCCAGACCAGCUACCAGAGAGUCACUGGACACCAGAAGGAAGGCUGUAGCUGAGCUGAUUUACAUGUAUAUGUACUUCAGCAUUGACACCAUAAGUAUGCAAGGAAUAUGCGGACAAGUUCUGGUCAUAAUGUUUAUGGUCAGACUCUUCCUUUGUUCAUUUGCUGAAAACACUGAAGGUGAUAUCAAAUGCAAUGAUCUUCAAGCAGGACAGUAUUUGUGUGAGGACCCAGAAAUAGAUCCAGAGACACAGGCUGCCGUAAACUGUCCACCAGACAGGUUAAUCUCAGUCAGCUGCAUGCCAGUGGCUGGUACUCAGUGUGACGGUGAGAUUUAUAAUGGUUCUGCAAUAGCACCAGGUCUAAAGAGGACAGUUCCCUGUAGAUACACGACCGGAUACUCGUACUCUACCUCCCUACUUCUCUCCAUAUUUCUGGGGAUGUUUGGUGUGGACCGCCUCUAUCUUGGCUACCCUGCUAUUGCUGUGCUCAAGUUCUGCACUGUUGGUCUUCUCUUCAUCGGCCAUUUCCUAGAUGUCAUACUCAUAGCUAUGCAGGUUGUAGGUCCUGCAGAUGGCUCUGAUUACACCCUUGAUUAUUAUGGACCUAGGCUUCAGAAGACAUCGAUGGACAAUUAUACAUAUUACAAGCCCAUAACUGACUGAACCAUUCAGAGUUGCCAAGGAAGCAGCAUGCAUCUCAGGUUGGCAUGGCAGCCGCAUCAACCUGAUCCCGAAGAGAGUCCUCCGUGAUCAGGCACUCUCAGUGUUUGAGAUGUGAUGGAAUAUCAUCAAACAUGACACCACAUGAUACUAAGACUGAAGAUAGAUGUGCCGGUGCAGAGAAAAGAGAAAAUGACCCCUUCAGAGUAGAAAAGUGGAACAAUAGAUUACGUGGCUUUAGUUUGGGAGUAAAGUUGCAGCUGAGGAUAUUUCUUCGGACGAUUUAAACGUAAGAACUUGGGCCGAGCUUAUGGCUGUACUUAGCCUGAAACUUUUGUCGUAGCAUUGUAUGGCAGCAUGUAAUCACUUGGUCUUUGGGAUUUAUCAAGAGUUGAUGAAACAUUAUUCCAGCAGUGUGAGACAAGGACAUUGCUGCUGUCAAUCCUGAAUAUCUUUGACCCAGGCAGUGGCUAAGCUUUGACCACCUACCUGUGACAACCUUUAUGGUGUUAACUGUAAUCUUUCUAAGUCUUUCAAAACCCCACAGGGGAUUUUGGAGCUUCAUAAGAUUGGCCAAGGUCAAAUUUAUGGUUCCUGCCUCCAUAAUUGUAAUGGACAGUAUUAGGAGUGAGAUGAUAGAGGAAUGGUGAACAAUCUUCCACCUUCCACUGCUAAACCGAAGUGCCAAUUACAAACCUUUGAUCAAGGGUAUCAGCCCAAAAGAAACCAAUUCCACAAACACAUUAACACUAGGUAACACGGCACUAAAUUUCAUUUAGGUGUGGAGCCUAUUUAGUUUCAGUCCAUUUUCUGCAUAAGUUGAAAUUUGUGCACAUAAGGUUCAUUUCAUAAACUUUAAAGUUGACUGACUAUGCUGUUACAAGUUAAAGUGGUAUUUGAAUGAGUUUUCUUGCUUUUGAGAUGCACCUGACCUGUUUUAAUUUGUCAACUUAAAAACGUUGUUUUUAGUUUACAUUGGAUGUUUAUUUAGAUAUGUUAAGUAACUUUCAACGUUGCCAGGUUCUAGACUCAACUUUUUGGCAGGACUGAAUUUUGAGGUAUGAAAUAUUUUUCAUGAUUUUCUACGUUGAUAUCUAGGCAAUUAAUUGUAUCAAUAUAUUUUGUUCAAAGCUCAUUAGCAAGAGGAAGGUUGAAGGAAAAAAAAUCCAUAAAAAUGAAAUGGAAUCCUCCACAUUUGAGUUAAAUGACCCUUCCUGUUUAUAUAUGUUCGUUGAUAUUGACUUGUGUAAAUAGAGUUUUAUCUGAAAUGCAAACUACAUGUAUGUAUGGAAGGGGAUGGAAUGGAUUUUAAGUGUGGGUUUUCUUCCCUUUGGUAUCUAUUCCAAUCUUAGUGUAUAUAUGUACUUGUAAAAAGUUGUAUGUACAUGUUGAUUUUGUUUGUAAAAUUAUAAAUUUGCGAAAUUAAACCAAAUAUUUACCUUAUACAUGUCUGUGUGAUUGAAGGAAGAUGUUACUGAAGGAUAUUUUAGAGAGCACAGGCGCUUAUCUUUUGCUGGCGUGAGGAACAUUUUGAAGCGUGUACAUAUUUUCAGGCAGAACUUACAUGUAAUCAAUAACUGCUUAUUACUCGGACCGACUGCCCAAUUUAUUGCAUUAAUGAAAAUAAACAAAAUUCCUAAGAAUGGGUGCUUUGUGGGCCUGAGGAGCUGAUCAGAACUUAUG